AUGGCCUCGAAAGAAGCCUCGGAUCCAUCUCCACAAGCCCACUUUGAGCUAUUGCGAAUGAUCGACCAGCUCAGAUCUGCAGUGGAAACGCCGACGGAAACUGUGCUGCGUCUGAUUUACCAGCCUCCUCAAAAUGCCGCAUUGCGCGUUGUCAUUGAUUUGGGCAUUUUCGCCAUGCUUGUGGAGAAGCAACACAGAGGAGCGGGAUUGUCAGCCGCUCAGCUGGCAGAGUACACGGGCGCCGAGAAAGAUCUAAUUGUCCGUCUGAUGCGCGUUAUGGCUUCUCUUGGGCUGUGUAUCACACCGAACCCCGAGGUUUAUGUUGCCAAUGACAAGACAGUGGCACUGACUCAGCCGAUCGGGAGAGAUGGAAUCCCAUGCAUAUAUGAUCUUACCUUUCCAACCUUGAGCAAGCUUCCAGAGUACCUGCGCUCGCAUGGCUAUGCUAAUCCCCAGGAUUAUACUCAGUCGCCUAUGAAAUGGGCUGUUGGACAGAGUCAGUUUGAGUGGCUUUCGAGUCAUGCGAAGCAGCAGGAGCUCUUCAACUCGUACAUGGCUAGCCGUCGCGAUGGCAAGCCGAUGUGGUACGAUAUAUACCCGGCCGAGCGACUGUUUGGUCAUGCCGUGCCAUACAAAGAUACAGUCUUUCUGGUAGACAUUGGUGGCAACCAGGGGCACGAUUUGGGUAAAUUCCGCUGCGAAUAUGGUCAUCUGCCUGGAAGAAUGGUGCUUCAAGACUUACCAAACGUGAUUGAGGGCGUUGAUGGAGAGAGUGCUGGACUGGAAGUGAUGGGAUACAAUUUUAUGGAUGCUCAACCCGUCAAAGGUGCCCGUGCGUACUACUUCCGUUCCAUCUUCCAUGACUGGGAUGACCAAAUCAGUCGGAGGAUCCUCCGGAACACGGUGCAAGCGAUGGCGCCGGACUAUUCUCGAAUUCUCAUUGUGGACUUCGUCCUGCCAGAUACCGAUACGCCCCUGAUGCAGGCUUCAUUGGAUAUUCAGAUGAUGAGUAUAGGAGCUGGUAUCGAACGGUCGGAGCGACAGUGGAGGGACCUCCUGCAUAGUGCCGGGCUGGAGAUCACGGGGAUUUGGAACCAGAGUCCGGCGAUGGAGUCGGUGAUUGAAGCAGUUCCAAUGUUGAAAUAG